GCGUUUUGCAGGCGUUCUGAAAAGACGCUACGCCCACUUCUAUCAAUUUUCUCGCGUUGUUUUUACAAAACAGCGAUCAGAAUUGCAGGUUAUUCCGAUGACCUGAAGAGGAAGCCUGGCCUUUGAGGUCAUCAUGAGGGCCCUUUGCACGUGCAGGCGGCUCGUAAUUGUUCUCUCCGCUCUCUACUUGCUGUGCAUCGUUAUUGCAACUCAAAAACUUUACCGACUUUCAAACUCAAACAACAUUGUUGCCCAUGUGAGUCGUCGGAACGGACCUUUCCUAGUCGAAAUCUGGAGCAAAGCUUCAAUAGGAGAUUACCUAUGGGGCCACAUUCUAAAUGGGCCCUCUCCUACUCCGAAUGGACCUCUCAUGAACUCGGCCCAGCUCACCUACAAGGACAUAAAUUUCUCCUUCAAAUCUGGUCCGGGUUUGGUUCCAGCGUCCGCCCCUAAAAAUGUCACACAUCUGGUUAUAAUACUCAAUGGGAGAUCUGAAGACAAAAUUGAGCAAGCUAGAGUUUGGCUUGACUCAAUGCCAGCCUACGAAGAUUUGCGGACUCUGGCCGUGAUUCUGCUUGGAGACGAAAAAUGCAACAACGAAUGGAUUCUGCCCUAUUUGAAGAAGAACGGUGGAUCAAUCGACUUUGUUUUUGUCACUUACGACUCGCCUCUUGUCGACGGUGAAAGUUUUUACCAAUGGCCUCUUGGCGUAUCUGUCUACCGAGGAUUUCCAAAUAUCAACCCGGCCAGUUUGGAUUUGACGUACCCCAGAGAGUUCACUUGCAACUUUCUGGGAACAGUUUAUGCAAAUUCUUCAAGAGAACGCCUCAGCAAAAUUAUAAAUAGCUCAAGUAGACUGCAAAAGGAAUGUUUUAUGUCAGGACGAGACAAGUGGCAACCCCUUGAAAGCGAGCAGUCCCGCCAGUUGUAUCUGGACACUCUUCUCCAGUCAGACUUGACCCUGAGUCCUGUUGGCUUCAAUACAGAGUGCUACCGAAUUUACGAGGCUCUGUCACUUGGCAGUAUUCCUGUAGUGGAGGAUAUCAUGACACCAGGGGGCUGUGACGCCUCCAGUGCAGCCUCGCCACUGAGAUUGCUCAAGAAAAUGAAUGCGCCGAUGCUUUACCUAAAAGAUUGGAGUCAGCUGGAGGAAGUUCUAGAGAGUGAAACUCUCUUGAGCAAGGAGGAGAAAAUCAAUCGGCGAAAGGGUGCUGUCCGUUGGUAUGAGGAGUUCAAGCACUCGAUCAAGAAGAUCUUUGUCAAUGUUUUGCGGGAGAGGUGGUUUGACAUGAGAGCUGAUUAAUUUUUUAAAUAUGCCACACAGACUGAUGAUUUUGCAAACCUAUUCCCAGCAAGCAUUUCUAGAAUUAAAUUUUCAAGUGGUCAAAUAGUAGUUAAAGCUUCCAAGCAUUUAAAUUAAGCUAUUUGCUAUCUCACAUUAUCCAAAAACAGACUGGUAAGCACUUCAUAUUAAUAGAUUUUUCUCAACAAGUAGCAAGACGAUGUUUGUUCUAGUUUUAAUUUAAUUGCCUGUCUAAAUAAUUUUUCUUGCUUCCUAGUCAGAAUUGCAAUUAAAGGUCCUGUAUCAAAAAAUAUUGAUGUACGGUGGUGAAAAAUGUAAA